UCGCCUCGAUUGCUCGAGUCGAUCGAAUUUGUCUUCCUUGGUCCACCGUCUAUUCGCACCGGCGAGCCCCCCUUUCCGCUUUGGGCCAUUGCCAACGGGGACAGAAAUGCUUAAACGUCUCUAAUAAUGAGUCUUGGUGUUUUACACGGUGAUUUCUACUACGCACCGAGAGAGCGCAAUGAAACAUCUUGGCUUUAUAUGAUCGAACAGUCGGUUCUUCAUCUACCUUACAACAAGGAAAAUUAUGUCUUUAGUCCAAAAAACUUCGGUAAUCAUGAAGAGAAAGAUUUGGAGCUUGAUACACAAAGUCCAAACCAGACGAGACGAGCACCGUUUCCGCUACCUCCUCUUCGAAGCAAGUCGACUGGAAAGAUGGUCUUUUCCCUGCUGAUGAAAAAGGCGAUUCUACUGUCUGCGUUUACGUCCACAUGUGUAAUGUGUCAAUGCAGAACAAAGCUGUCUAUAAUAAUGCAAUGGUAAGGAAGAGUUAUUAUUAUCAAGAUGAGAGCGGACCUUCAGUAAAUUGGUGAAG